AUGCCAGCAUUCCUCAGCAGCAACAUACAGACCCGGCGUGCGCGGGUGCUGGUCAUCACCUUCGUCGCCAUCGUCUUUCUGUUCCUGUUCCACAACUCGGGCCUCGGCAGCGAUUACCUGCCUGCAGCAUACACAGGACAACAGGCCGCCCCAGGAAGCGCGGCGCAGAAUCAACAAGCAAGCCAGAACAAGGAUGGGAACCUCCCGGCAGCAGCACACGGCGAGCCGGACGCAGCCGGCAACAAGCUCAAAGAAGACGCGGAGGGCGAGGACUCGUACCGCAACAAGGACGGCGAGUUAGCCAAGCAACCCCCCGACGCCGGCCGCAAGCCCGCAGAUGCAUCUGCAGCGGCGAACGCUCCAACGCCGUCCUCUGGCCGAACGCCGCCAGUCGCUCCGGCCGUGCCGCCCCCGGUGUCCACGGAGCCGUGCCCGUCGUAUGAGAGCUGGAUGCGCACCCGGCCUGGGCCGCUGUCCGAGGGCAGGCGCCAGUUCCCGCUCAACCGGCCCCGGCCGGAGUGCCGCACCUUCACGUCCCCGGCCAUGGAGGCGCUCAUCACGCGCAUGAAGGGCGUGAUUAAGGACCCGGACCUGUACCGCCUGUUUGAGAACGCGUACCCGAUGACGCUGGACAGCAUGGUCAAGUGGCGCGGUUUCGCGAACGAGACUGACGAGAAGACGGGCGAGACCAAGGUCACUGACAUGGAGCUCACGUACGUCAUCACCGGCGACAUCGACGCGCUGUGGCUGCGCGACUCGGCGUCGCAGGUGUACUCGUACCUGCCGCUGCUGGAGGCGUCCACGGACAAGGACUCGCUCGCCAGUCUCUGGCGCGGGCUGAUCAACGCGCACUCGCGGUACAUCGUCAUCUCGCCGUACUGCCACGCCUUCCAGCCGCCGCCCGAGAGCGGCAUCCCGCCCACGCACAACGGCGCGUACGUCCACAACCACCCCAUGCCCGCCUACGACCCCCAGAAGGUCUUUGACUGCAAGUGGGAGCUCGACUCGCUCGCCAGCUUCCUGCAGCUGUCCUCGGCGUACGCGCGGAAGACGGGCGACUGGGAGUUCUUCGGCAAGUACGUGUGGAUGGACGCCGUCGAGGCCGCGGUCACCGCCGCGGGAGCGAUGCGCUUGGGGACCUAUUCCAAGGAGGGCAAGGUCGAGAAGUCGGCGUGGACGUUCACGGGGUGGACGAACCGCGGCAGUGAGACGCUGACCAACGACGGCCUCGGCAACCCGAUCAAGGAGAACGGCAUGGUGCGCACCGCGUUCCGGCCGUCCGACGACGCGUGCAUCUUCCAGUUCCUGGUGCCGGCCAACAUGAUGUGGGCCAAAUACCUCGAGGACGCGUCGGAGAUCAUGGCGAAGCUGCCCGGCGAGCGGGCGAAGAACCUGACGGCUGCGAUGCGCGACCAGGCGUACGGCAUCCGGGAGGGCAUCGAGAAGGACGCGAUCGUGCACCGGCCUGGGUUCGGCGACAUCUUCGCGUACGAGGUCGACGGCUUCGGCGGUGCGAAUCUGAUGGACGACGCGAACGUGCCGUCGCUGCUGGCCAUGCCGCUGUGGAACUUCACCAAGUCCAGCUACAAGGUUCCCGGCCCGCCGAAGGGCGAGAAGCAGAGGGACUACACCGAGAUCUACCGCAACACGCGCAAGUACGUCCUCAGCGACGCCAACUCGUACUUCAUGCGGGGCCCGGUCAUCUCAGCUGUCGGCGGCCCGCACGUGGGACCGGGGAAAGCGUGGCCGAUGGCGGCGGUGAUCGCGGCGAUGACGGCGUAUGAUCCGAUUUCCGGGGUGAAGGACGUUGAGAAGGAGGUUGAGGAGCAGGUGUCGAUGAUUCUGGACUCGACCGCGGGAACGGGGGUGUUGCAUGAGAGCGUGAACAGCUGGAACGAGAACGACUGGACGAGAGCGUGGUUUGGAUGGGCUAAUGGAGGGUUUGGGGAGCUGGUCUUGAGGAUGGAAGAGCAGGAAAAGAAGGGCGCCGGGAACGGGUUGCUAGGGAAGAGUUGGCAGGGUAUGAAAGCAACGCCGGGCACCCCCCAAAGGUAG